AUGGCAUACGACCUGGUGGGUUUCUCUUCCACCCCCACCUCGUCGUCGUCCUCCUCCCCAAAGCCUUUGGUGGAGAGGGACUUCCUGAGUCGUGUGGAGGAGCGGAACUAUGGCAUGUCCGGUUUGGACGUCAGUCUCUCCCUCAGUCCUCCUCUCAUGGUCAUCGGCAAGAGGUGCUCGGCUUGUGGAGAGACCAAAACUCCACUGUGGCGAAAUGGCCCCGACGGGCCUAAGAGCUUGUGCAAUGCUUGCGGCAUACGGUAUCGGAAGGAAGCCAAGAAGAUUAACACCAACCUGACUCUGGCUCCGCCAGAUCAUGUAGUGCAGUUGAGUGCUAAAGGCAACCGAGCAAGAUGA